GGAGUGUGAUGCUUAGUGUUAGCCAUGUGUCUCCUUUCCCCCCUCCCAUCUAUUCCAUUCCCCAGACUCCAAAUGAGGGAGGUAGUAAAAUAAGAAGUGACAUCCACAAUACAGAGAGCCAGGGGGAGAAGGGGAGGGGUGUGCGGCCCAUUCAGUGGUGCUGACCUCCGGUGUACCGAGCGAGCCGCUAUGGCGCUUAUCCCCUGCCAGGUGUUGCGGGCUGCCAUCCUCCUCUCCUACCUGUCCGUGCUGUGCCACUACAAGGCCGUAGAGAUGCCUGCACACCAGACCUAUGGGGGCAGCUGGAAAUUUCUCACCUUCAUUGACCUGGUAAUCCAAGCUGUCUUCUUUGGAAUUUGUGUUCUCUCUGACCUGUCCUAUCUGCUAACCAAGGGCAGUGACAGCCUGGAACAGGAGCGACAACUGAAAAAACUCAGGUUUCUUCGAGAUUGGAUGUUGGCUGUACUAGCCUUCCCUGUUGGUGUUUUUGUGGUAACGAUGUUCUGGACCCUAUAUAUUUAUGACAGGGAACUGGUAUAUCCAAAGCUGCUGGAUAAUUUCAUACCACCCUGGCUAAAUCAUGGAAUGCAUACAACAGUGCUGCCUUUCAUAUUAAUUGAGAUGAGAACAGCUCAUCACCAGUAUCCAAGCAGAAGUUGUGGCCUUGCAACAGUCAGCUGCUUCGCAAUUUCCUAUAUUUUAUGGAUGUGCUGGGUUCAUCAUGUGACAGGCAUAUGGGUGUACCCGCUUCUGGAACACAUCAGUUCUGUAGCCAAAAUCUUCUUCUUCUUUAUAGUCACUGUUAUCAUUAACGUUUAUUAUAUUCUUGGAGAAAAGUUAAACAGCUAUAUUUGGGACCUGGAAAAAUCUAUUGAAGCAGGAGAGAAACAGAAGACUGACUAACUUUAAGAUUCAGGCAAAUCAAUCAUUCUGCAGAUACAAGACAGAAGUAUUUGAAUCCAUCCUAUAAUUCUACACCAUCAAAAGGAUGCGGGAACCUGACCUUGUGGACUAUAAAACACACAAAGCUACUAACAGAUUUCAAGACCUGAUACAGUGAGAAUAAGAAGAUUCUGAACUAUGCUCUAAGCUACUCAAAAAUAUCAUAAUAGACAAAUCAGGCUUAAGAGAAUUAGUCGCCAAGAAAAGUGUUUGGAUAUGCAGCGGUUCGAUUAGGCAAAGUUAAAUGUUUUGCCAAGUCUGUCAGUGUCUGGAUUACUGUUACAAUGCAAUACUUAAAGCUGAUCUGUAGCUAUCAAUGUGAAGUUAUUAUUAUUAUUUUUUUUUGGAUGCUUAGUUAUAUUGUAAAAUAUAUUUAUUGCCUGUGAAUUCCAAGGCUUUGUGUUGGAAAUUUUUCCUAUUGCCAGCACACGCAGGGCAACAAAAUCUGUAGCCUCUAUGUGCGGGAGGCCCUGUGAGAACAGCCCCAUCUCUCCACCACAUCACAUUUUCAGACCAAGUUUUGGGAAUUACUAAGUAGAUGGACUGCCAGUAUUACCACUCUGUAACCCGUCAGCUUGGCAUUUUCUCAACAGAAACAGAAACCGGUAAAAAAGGAAAAUAUUUUUAAGGGGUUACGCUAGCCCAGCUGCAUUACCCAUGGUGGACUAAUAUCUGCAGGGUCAACACACAGAGCAGUACUGAAAACUCCCAUAUUCGUACCUAGUGGUAGGUACUGUAAUGUAUUUGUCUGGAAAAUAUAGGAGGCUUCAGUGAUAGAUACCAAAACUGCUGAUUUUCCACAGAUGAUUACUAUGUAAUAAUAAGGAUUAAACAACAUAAAAACAUGUCUAGAUGUGUCUAGCCUAUAAGAGCAGGCACCGCAACGUGCAUACCUCGAAAUCAAAGCAAAGAUUUUGCUGUGUGCUUAGAAAACCAAUGAACCUGGAUGCAAAGAAUAUUCAGCUUCAGACUUAAGCUUUGGCUCUGGCAUGCCCACCCAGAUAUACCAGAAUUCAGUUUAAGGUCAUUAGCGUGAAUGAGAUACAUUUUUCUCCGAAAAAAUACCAGGAUUUGAUUGCUUUACUUUUUUUUUUUUUACCAGUCAUGGGUAUUGGAUUUUCUCCUGGGGUUAGAGGAGAAGGAGUAUCAGAUUGUGUCACAGGGGUAUAAUAUGGGUCACAGGGGUGAGAAGGCAUACCAGAUUGGGUCAGAGAGAUGAGGAGGGCUAAGAAACGGACUCCCGGGGUAAGGAAGGGUAUCAGAUGGUGUUACAGGGGUGAAAUGUAUACCAGAUAGUAUCACAGGGGAAAGGAGUGGAACCAGAUGGUGUCAAGGGUGUCAGCAGGGAUAACAGAUGGUAUUGCAGAGAUGAGAAGACAUACCAAAGGGUAUCACCAAUUCUAAUAAAAAAAAAAAACCUGGCUCAAUUUGUUUCUAUAAUCCAAAAAUGUGUAUUGGUGAGGCAAGGGAACGAAACUGCCUCCAAAGAAGGCUUGACAGAAAAUGUUUGAGAACCACUGCAUUAAAGUUACUGUAUAUGGACUUAUACUAGUUAUGCAUGUUUUUCUGUAGUGGGUAAAAAAAAAAAAUUCUGAAGUGUGAGUCUGCUAUACAACACUGUGAUGUUCCCUUAUACAGUACAUGACUGUUUUUUAUUACUCUAAGGUUUUCAUUCUGCAGACCAGCAGUACCCAGCAUUUAGAAGCAUCACUUAAUUGUGUGCAAGAUUUAGGUCUUGGGAAUGCAAUGAGAAAUUGCAGGUGCAUUAUUUUAUGCUAAGCCAUGUUUUCUGUAGUUAAAUGAAGUAGUACUCUUGUAUGGUACCUACAUUAAAUACAGUAUAUAGUUACAAAA